GCUUGUUUAGCUUGCGAUAUCUUCUGCUGGUGGUCAACCAGCUGAAUGAGCAGCCCGGGUGCACAAAAGCAGUCAAGGAGCUGCCGAUAGUGGAGAAGGGCUCUGAAGAGCUGAUUGAUGCUGAAGAUGGCCAGGUCAUGGAAUGCUCCAUUUGUAUGGAGGUUCUUGGAGAGCCUGGUGGUGAGAUUGUGCGGGCACCCUGCAAGCACUACUUCCAUCAGGAAUGCCUCCUGACCUGGUGCAAGAACCAUGUAGACUGCCCAAUGUGCCGGCAGCAAGUCGGGAAACCUGAUGACCUCGAAGAGCCAGAGCCGUUCGAGCCAUUAGAGCCAUGA